AUGUUUGCAACACGACCAAGAUGCGCAGCAUGUAUCAUGUAUCCUGCCAAAGCACACAUGAAGCUCUCUGGACCCCUCCCCAUCUUCCAGACCACUGCAUUCGGCGCCAGUAUAAAUUGUAUCUCGGAGAAGGUGUGGAGUUGUCGCGUGCGCGUCAUGAACGAGCACCUUCUGGAGCGGUUUGGCCGCUCCAAGAAGGGCACGCGCCACGAGACUCAGAGGGUCGAAGUGUGGCUGCAGCCCGCGAAACUCAACUCUCGCAUUCGAGAUUACUUCGCAGGUGAAGCUGCUGAUGGCCGGAAGUGGCUCUCACGGCCAGAGAUCCCAAGCUCAGAUGAGUUAAUGGAUACAGACACAAACUCAUCGGCCUCAUCAGACAUCGUAGAGAUUGCAGCCAACAGACCCACGGGCGCCUUCGAGGAUAAACAAAAGUACCUCGAGACUCAGUACGAGCUUCUUCGUGAGGAUGCAACCCGACCUCUCCGCGAGGCAGUGUUUCAACUGAGGGCGAAGCCGAACGCCAUCGAAGAUGACUUCCAGGGCCAGAUCGGUAUAUACGACAAGGUCCACAUCUACGGCACAGUGCUGUCGACUCGAGGCCUUGCGAUGAGGGUCACAUUCAGCCUCAUUCGCUGUGGGAAGAAGAUCAUAUGGGAGCAGAGCAAGCGCUUGAUCUCCGGAAGUCUGGUCGUUCUUACACCAGCGGACGACAUGUUCCAAUCGAAAGCCAUUGUUGCCACCGUUGCAGCUCGACCAUUGACAGGGCUUCAGCAGAACCCACCAGAAAUUGACUUGUUCUUCGCACGCGAUGAAGACUUGGAGAUCGACCCGAUGAAAGAGUUUGUGAUGAUUGAAGAGAGGAGCGGUUUCUAUGAGGCCGAUCGACACACCUUGGUGGCACUCCAGCACAUGAUGAAAGAGCAUUUCCCUCUCUCUCAACAUCUGGUCGAUGUCGAAUCUCAAGUCAGGGCUCCACGCUACGUUCAGGAGCACCCGAAGACAAAUCUCACUGCCGCACUCACGAACAACAAGCACGAGACAUACGAGAAUGUUGACAUCCUGAAGCGCUGGCCAGCUCAGCCACACAGCGACCUCGACGCCUCCCAACUCGAGGCCUUGCGGACGAUCCUCACCAAGCAGCUCGCCAUUGUUCAAGGUCCACCCGGUACCGGCAAGACCCAUGUAUCCGUGCAAGCGAUCAAAAUCAUGCUACAAAACCGUCAUGACGACGAUCCCCCCAUCAUCAUCGCUUGCCAGACGAACCAUGCUGUCGAUCAGAUCCUUCGCCAUAUCGCUCACUUCGAGCCAGAGUUCAUACGUCUUGGUGGCCGAAGCAAAGACCGCGAGGUCAUCAAGAAGCGGACACUCUACGAAGUCCGGAUGCUUACCUCUGAGAACCCACCAUCGGGCUGCAUGUUCGGUAUGGCGAAGAAGAAGAUGCAAGAUAUGCAAAAGGAGUUCGGGAUCAUUCUGUCACCUCUGAAGCCGGAGAAGAAGCCUCUGGACCAUCGUAUCCUGGAGAAUUUCAAGGUCUUGAGCAAAGCCCAGGCGGAUUCUCUGGAGUCAGGUGCCUCGCAAUGGGUGCAAGAGAAGAAGUCAAAUGUAAAUGAAGCUGCUCGCUCACCAUUUCUGAUAUGGCUCGGAGACAAGCUCAUUUCCGUACCACCGAGACAGGAGCCAGAGGAGUAUGGCUUCGACUACGAAGAGGCUGAUCUGGAAUUCGAGCAACUCAAGGAGCUCGAGGCUGAGAACGCAGCCAAGGAUGAUGAAGAGAUGGAGGCCCUCAAAGGCAUAUCGCUGCCGCUGGCCGACAACUACACUUGCCGCAAGAUUCCGGGUAUGAGCGCCAAAGCAAAGGAGCUGCUCAAGCAGCAAGACAUGUGGAAGAUACCAGAAGCCAGUCGAGGCGCCGUCUAUCGCUAUCUCCAAUCUGAAGUCAAGCAUCAGAUCGCCAUGGCAUUUCGCGACAAGGCAAAGCAGUACAACGAGCAGGCGGGCAAGCGGCGAAUAGGCAAUUGGGAGAAGGAUGAGCCCCACCUCAAGAAGGCCAAGGUCAUUGGCAUGACAACUACCGGAUUCUCAAAGUACCGUCCGCUGCUUGCCGCGCUGCAGCCAAAGGUGGUCUUGAUCGAAGAAGCUGCCGAGACGUUGGAGGCUCCGGUUGCUGUCACCUGCAUACCAUCACUUCAGCACCUGAUCCUCGUCGGCGACCACCAGCAGUUGCGCCCUCAUACGCACGUCAAGUCUCACGAGGAUAAGCCUUACUACCUGAACAUCUCUUUGUUCGAGCGUAUGGUCAACAAUAACAUCCAGUACAACGUCCUCAUCAAGCAGCGACGCAUGAUACCAGAGAUACGUCGUCUUCUGUAUCCGAUCUACAAGAACAGGAUCAAGGAUCAUGCUUCGGUCAAGGACCCGGAACAUCGCCCUAACGUACCAGGCAUGGGUGGCGUCAACUCUUUCUUCUUUACCCACCAGUGGAGGGAGCAGCGUGAUGAUCAAAUGAGCUGCCUCAACCCCGAGGAGGCCGUCAUGAUCGUCGGCUUGGUCGAGCACCUGGCAUACAACGGUAUGGAAAUCGAAGACAUUACCGUCUUGACCUUCUACAACGGUCAGCGAAAGCGCAUCCUGUCCAAACUUCGCAACAGCCAAACAAUUAAUGCUUUCGGUCCCCAUAAGUUCAACGUGGUCACAGUGGAUAGCUACCAGGGUGAGGAGAACAAGGUCGUUAUUCUCAGUCUUGUCAGAUCCAACGAAAAGAACGCGAUCGGCUUUCUGAACAUUGACAAUCGCGUCUGCGUAGCGCUUUCUCGUGCGCAGUGCGGGUUUUACAUCUUCGGCAAUGGCAUGCUCUUGCACAACAACAGCAAGACCUGGAAGACUGUCACCCAGAUCAUGUCGGGCAAGCCACUGAAAAAGGAGCAGCUUGACAAAGACAUACCAGACUACGUGCCACAGCGCCUGGGCACAGAGUUCCCGAUUCGGUGCUCCAACCAUGAUCAACUCUUCGAGGUGCGCGACGCGAAUGAUUGGGAUGAGAUCAAUGGUGGAUGCGAGCUGAAAUGCGAAGGCAAGCUACCAUGCGGACAUCUGUGCACGCUGAAGUGUCACCCUUUCUCCCACGAGCAAGCCAACUGCACACAGUGUCAUAGCCGGGUGCAAACCGCAGAGCAACCAUCAACAGGGUCUGUGACCAACGGCAUUAGUGGUCUUUCGCUGCACAGUAGAGCGGAGUCCGAUUCAUCCCAAUCCAAAUCGACCGAGUCUUGGCAAUCGUAUGCCACGCAGGAAUCAACUCGUGUCGAGAAGUUGCGCGCAGACUACAUUCCACGUGCUCAUCGCUCGGAUGAGUCUGGAGCAGAUCCCGUCGUUGCUGCCACCGCAGAGUACAAUCGUCGCAAGCUCAUUCGCGGCCUCGAUGGCGAAGGUUCCAGCAGCACUGGCGGAACUAUCAGACCAGGCGAGGCUGACGGCAAGAGGAAGAAGUACAGGGAGAUCUUUGCGAGGAGCUGA